AUGAUUAGAACGGAUAAGUUAGGUACUUGUCGUCAGAUAAGGAGAAAUCUACUUAAAAAGUCUACCAAAAAUCAUAACAAAAUUAUAAAUCUUAUACGAACUGCAACUACAUCAACUUCCACACAACAAACUUAUUCAUCAUUAUCUCCACUUUUAUCACAAAUACCAUAUAUACCUUCAUCAAAUAUUCCAAACCCCUUUGUACAUAACAACCAUAGCAUACUAAAUGAAUCAUUAUAUUUUGAUAAAUCAAAACCCGAUCAACCACUACCAAAAGAACCCAAAGAUAAAAAUGAACCACCAUCAAAUGAUAAAACUGAAGAUCCUCCAAAACCAAACGAAGAAGAAAUAGAGAAAAAGGAUGAUGAAAAACCAAAAGAUAUAGUAGAAGAAUCAGAAACUAAAGUUAGUAUAGAUCCUAAUGCACCUGUUUCAUCAUCAAAUACAGUUUCAUCAAGUGGUGGAGAUAACAGUAAUGAUGGGAAAAAUGAUAAUAACAACAAUAACGGAAAUGAUGGUAAAGAUGAUCAACAUCUCGUGAACUCUAGGACUGGAUUGUAUACUCCAUUUCUAGCAAUACCGAUGAAAGAUCGUCCUUGUUUACCAGGUAGAUAUUGUACAAUUACAGUAACAGAUCCAGAAGUUAUAAGAUGUUUACAGGAAGUUGUUGAAACAAAAGAACCGUAUUUUGUAUUAUUCCACGUGAAGGAUCCCAAUGAUGAAGAUGCUCAUAUAGAUAUUAUCAAAAACAAAGAAUUUGUUCAUGAAAUUGGUACAUUAUGUCAAAUUGCAAAAGUAACACCUUUGGAUUCAACUCAUGUACAUAUUUUAGCAUAUCCUCAUAGAAGAGUUAAAUUAGUUGAUUUGAGUACUCCGAAACAAAAAAAUGAAAAUAUUGAACAACAACAAGAAAAUUUUCCCACGGCUUACUUGAAAAAAUUUGAUAUUUCAUACGCUGCAGUUCAACCAGUUGAAGAUGAACCAUUUGAAAAAAAUAAUGUUGAAAUUCAAGCAUUAAUAGAAAGUAUCAAGAGUUUAUGUUCAAGUUUUUCACCUAACCCAUUAGCAGCAGAAAGUGGUAGAAAAGUAUUAAAUGAUCCUUCCAUGUUGGCUGAUUAUGUUGGUGGAUCAGUAUGCGGAGAUGCUAAGCAAAUUCAAGAAAUUAUGGAUAGUUUAGAUGUUCAAAAAAGAUUAGAAAAAACUUUGAAGCUAUUAAAAAUCGAAGUUGAUGCGGAUGAGAUAAAAAGAAAAGCUCAUAUAAACAUGAGAGAAAGAACUGAAAAACAAUAUGCUCAAAUGUUAAUCAAGGAAUACACUAAAGAGUUAUUAAAAGCAGCAGGGAUAGGUGAAAAUUCAAAAGCUACUAAAUUUGAUGAACGUUUAAAGAAAUUAAAAAUGCCGGAAGAAGCAAUGGAAGCUUAUAAGACAGAAAGAGCAAGAUUAGGGACUCAAAGUGAUAUGGAAUCAAAUGUUGUUGAAAGAUAUCUUGAUUGGUUAACUCAAAUUCCAUUUGGUAUAUAUUCAAAAGAUUCAUUCAAUGUUAAAAAAGCAAGAGAAAUUUUAGAUCGUGAUCAUUAUGGAUUAAAAGAUGUCAAAGAUAGAAUAUUAGAAUUCAUAUCUGUGGGUAAAGUAUCUGGUAAUGUAAAUGGUAAAAUUUUAUGUCUUGCGGGUCCACCAGGUACUGGGAAAACUUCAAUUGCAAAAUCUAUUGCGGAAUCAUUGAAUAGAAAAUAUACUAGAAUUGCAGUUGGUGGUGUACAAGAUGUUCAUGAUGUUAAAGGUCAUAGAAGAACUUAUGUUGCAUCAAUACCAGGUAGAAUCAUAUCGGCUUUAGUUAAUGCCAAAACAUCAAACCCUUUGAUGUUAAUUGAUGAAAUUGAUAAAUUAGAUACAACAUCACAUGGAGGUGCAGCAAGAGCAUUUUUAGAAAUAUUAGAUCCUGAACAAAAUAACGCUUUUGUAGAUAAUUUCAUUGAGGUGAAAGUUGAUUUAUCAAAAGUUUUAUUUGUAUGUACUGCAAAUUAUUUAGGAUCAAUCCCAGCUCCAUUGAGAGAUCGUAUGGAAAUUAUUGAAGUUAACGGAUACACAAAACAUGAAAAAAUUGAAAUUGCAACAAGACAUUUAAUUCCUGAAGCAUGUAGAAAAGUUGGUUUACAACCUGGUUUAGUUGAUAUUUCAAGAGACACUAUACUGAGACUAAUUGAUAAAUAUUGUCGUGAAUCGGGAUUAAGACAUGUCAAAACUUUGAUAAAUAGAAUUUUUAGUAAAGCUUCUAUGAAAAUUGUUGAACAAGUUGAAGAAACAAAUCCUCAACAAGAAGAAAUUAUUAUUGAAGAAAUUAAAAAUGAUGAUGUCAAAGAACAAGAGAAAUUGGAAAAGGAAGUUGAAGCUAAACCAGAGGAAGCUUCUACUGCUGAGACUACUGUUAAAGCUGAAGAAGCUAUUGAACCUAAAGAAGAAUCAUCAAAAGAAUCUGAAGAAAAACCAAAAGAGGAAGAAAAACCGAAAGAAACCCCAAAAGAAGAAGUUGUUGAAGAAAAACCAAUAAAAUUAGAAUUACCAGACAACAUCAAAAUAGAUGUAACACCAGAAAAUUUAAAAGAAUUUAUUGGACCAGAAAUAUAUACAAAAGAUAGAAUUUAUGAAACUUUAAAACCAGGUGUUGCAACAGGUUUAGCAUAUAAUAAUUCAGGUGAUGGUGAUGCCCUUUAUAUAGAAUCGAUUUUAACAGAUUCAAUAAGUUCAGAUUUAGGAAAUGCAGGAUUACAUGUAACUGGUUCAUUAAAAGAUGUUAUGAAAGAAUCAGCUUCGAUAGCAUACUCAUUUGCAAAACAAUAUAUGAUUUCAAAAUAUACGGAAAAUAAAUUUUUUGAAAAUGCUCAUAUUCAUGUUCAUUGUCCUGGUGGUGCAAUUCCAAAAGAUGGACCAUCUGCAGGUAUAGCUUUUACAUCAUCAUUAAUUUCAUUAGCUUUAAAUAAAUCAUUACCUAACGAUACAGCAAUGACUGGAGAAAUAACAUUAACUGGAAGAGUUUUAGCUAUAGGAGGAUUAAGAGAGAAAACCCUUGGUGCUAAACGAGCAGGUUAUAAUAAGAUUAUAUUCCCAAAAGAUUGUGAAUAUCAAUUGGAAGAAAUUCCAGAAGAAGUUAAAGAAGGUAUAACUUAUUACCCAGUUGAAUGGUAUAAUGAAGUAUUUGAUCAUUUAUUUGACAUUGACCAAAAUGAAGGUAAUAAUGUAUGGAAGGAGGAAUUUGAAAAAUUAGAAGCUAAAAAGAAAUCAAAAAAACUGAGUAGUAAUUAG